AUGAACAAUGGGCUUCUUUAUCGUUACAACCCUAAUGCUGAUUCAGAUGAAGCUCAGCUAAUCGCUCCUGAGCACGAAUGGUCCAAUAUAUUGUCUGCAUACCACGACAAUCCUAUGGCAGGACACUAUGGAGCAGAAAAAAUAUUUCAAAGAAUUUCGCAGCGCUACUGUUGGAAGGGGAUGCAAAAAUAUAUAGAAGGUUACGUGAGAAAUUGCAUUACGUGUCAGCGAUAUAAACCUUCCAACAUGAAACUGGCUGGAUUGCUGCAAACUUCUGCAAUGAACAAAAUCCAUUCCAUCCUCAUAUCAAUUGGCACUCCCCGAGACUCCUCAGACUAUCAUUGGAGUCUAUCAUUCCUCUGCACUUGUGCCUUGCCAGGGUAA